CAGGGAAGCUGUUAAACAGACCCAGGCAUCCUGUCAGCUCAGGAAACUAAUGGGCUUGGAGUCUUUUUGAAGCAGCAGAUUUUUUUACACGUGUGCAAACACAAAGUAGAUGCAAAAAGUCUAGAAACUGUUGUAGCAAAGCUGACUGCAAUAAAAAGAGGCAAAGCUGUUUAAAGACAGACUUUGUCGCGUCUGUAUCUAUAACUAGUAUUUGUGCCGUCGCUUCGCUCCCUUCUUCCCCUGAUUCCUCUGGGAUUCUCAUUCUUCUGGACUCGACUUUUUCAAAGGCUUCCUACUUACUUGCAUUCUCCAAGUCUUUUUUUUUUUGCCUCUGCUCCUCCCAUCUUUCCUGCUCAAACAUUCAUAGAGGUGCGGCAGCACUGACUAUUACAGUUUUAUCCCGAGCGCACAGUCAGACAAGGAGCUCUGAUGGGACUCCUGGUGCCACUGGUCACUGUUUUGGCUCUGGUCCAGGUUUCAGUGUUUGGAGACACAGGAUGCAGAAGGUUUAAGAAUCUGGACAACGGACAGACAUUUUUCAGGUAUGGUGGACUCAUGGUGAUCUUCCGCUGUCAUCCGGGAUACAAGCUCCAUGGACACAAAACCAACAGCUGCGUGUCUGGACACUGGUCUCGAGAGCUCCCGGUUUGUGUUGGUUCAGGUUGCUCCCAUCCAGGCUCGGUCAACCACGGGACAAGCAGGAUGAACGAGGAUGGUUCCUGGGCAGAGUUCAGCUGUAAUAGAGGCUUUCGCUUACACGGCCCUUUAAUGAUAUACUGCAAGGGCCACACCUGGAACAGCACAAAGCCAGUCUGCAAAGAGGCAGACAUUAUGAGCUCAGUUUUGCUCAAUAGUCUCUACGACUUGAACGCGCUCCAGAAACUCCAGAUUUCUGCGGCUUUAAAAAAUCAACACCUCCACUUCAAAGCUGUCAGUAGUGGGGCUUCCAAAGAAGCACGCCUCGGAUUCGACCGUUUGCCUUACGCGCCGUUCAAAAUGUUAAAGGGUGAGAGAUAUGAUCUAACAAACCCAAGAGGCGACCUCAUCAUUGAGCAGGGUCAGUUUCCCAGCGAUGGGACAGAGACAACCCAAGGAACCAGAAGGUUUGGCUCCGUGGCGCAGACUUCACAUGAUUCAGCGAGAAAUUUGGAUGAAGCCACACAAACAUUUUCCUCAGAAGAUCAUUUUCCUUCCACUGUCCGGUCUGCUCAUCAAACCGAGCGUUCAGCAUAUGAGCCGCGUCUUUCAACCACACCUGCACCAGCUGGGCCCGCAGUUACUGCAGCACCUGCAGGUGGAGAUCUUCACCGCUCCACAACUUCUUCCUUGGCUUCAUCCUCCUCCUGUCCCAGUUCCACUCAGUCCAGCACGAAAACACAGAUCUCGGAUGACGUCACCCUUCUUUCACACAUCUCCAACUCAACUGACCUGAGAUCCACCUGGAGGGAAUUUCACAACUUCACACAGUCCAGCACUGCAAAGCCAGUUGUGCAUUUUCGAACUAUGUGCCCAUACCCACCUGUGCCUCUUCACGGGACGUUUUACUUCCGCAAUCUAGAGAACCCAGGCCCCAGUGAGUUUAAGUAUUACAUCCAGUACGCCUGUUACAGUGGGUAUUCUCUGGCUCAUGGAGACGUAAGCAGCUACUGCCAGCCUGGAGGCGGCUGGAGCGGAGUCACUCCUGUCUGUCAGGAUCUGGACGAGUGCGCAGAGGGGCAGCAUCAGUGUCAGCAGAGUUGCAUCAACACAUUUGGCUCCUUCAGGUGCGGCUGUCAUGUCGGGUACCAACCAACUACGGACCAGGCCUCCUGCGUCGAUGUCGACGAGUGCCUGCUGCCGGCAGCGGCCACAGGUUGUGUGUUUGGCUGCGUUAACACUCCUGGGAGCUUCCUCUGCUCUUGUCCAGAUGGCUUCAGCCGGCUGAGAGCAGAUGGCCGCUGCCAAGACAUAGAUGAAUGUGCGGUUAAUGACGGACUUGGACCCUGCAAGCUGCUGUGUCACAACUUACCAGGAUCCUACAGAUGCUCCUGCUCUUCUGGCUACAUCUUAGCAGGAGACGGACACAGCUGCUUUGCAGAGUGUCCACCUGGAUACAGGAAGAAACCACUUACACGGCCAGAGAAUUCAACCGGACAAAAUCCAAAGCUGGAGUGUGCAGAUAUAAAUGAAUGCCUGGAGAAUAUGUGUGAAUGGCAGUGCAUCAAUCUGCCCGGCUCCCACCGCUGCAUCUGCCCCCGAGGAUACACACUGCACAGAGACGGGCGACACUGCGAAGAUAUUAAUGAGUGCAACCAGAAGAACGGAGGCUGCUCUCAUUUGUGUUUGAACAGAAGUGGAGGUUACAAGUGUUCGUGUCCGGCCUCCCAUCGUAUGUCUUCCUUCAGCUGGAAGAAAUGUUUGCUUAAGACAACAGCGCCCUCUGCUGGCUAAGCUCUUCAUCUCCUCUGCAAGACAUCAGGCUUUUGUUCAACACUGACAACUUGGUAUUUUUUAUAUUUUAUUGAACACUUAUUGAUUGCUGGUUCCUGGUCCUUUGCCUUUGUUUUGCCUGUAACUUUUCAACUUUUUCAGGCAAUAGGAUAGGAUAAAUAUUCUCUAUUUUAUCGUUCAAUACUUACCCAGACCUAACUCAUAUCCUCAAUUUCAUCAGUGGCACUGUUAGUGUAGACCUACAAAAAUGCUGUAUAUGUAUGUGGAAUUAAUAGUUUUAAAGAAAAAAAUAUGACAUCUUAACAUGUUAAUACAAAACACUAAAAGUUGAUCAGUUUUAGAAAAACAGGUAUUUACGAACAAAGAAUUCUCAAAUGUGUAUAUAUAUGGGAAAAUGUUGACUUUAGCUGUAGUGUAAAUAGCCUAGAGAGGCUAAAAAACAGUUCUGAAGUUUCAGUCCAUUUACCAUCCGCACAGACAGACAGAAUGAAUCCACACCAAACAGCGGUGAGGAGCUGGGAGGUUUCCUGAAGUCUUUCACACAUCCAUAUUGGACAACACAUCAUCUUUUUAUAAAAUUGAUAAAUAUACUAUGCUGUAACUA